AUGCAAAUUCAAGACGAUGGGGGAUUCUUAAGCUUGAUGCGCGAAUACUUCGCCUCGCUUGGUGACUCUGCGCAUCCAGAGUCUGCAGAUCCUCGAACAAGGGCGAUAACACGCUUCCAAGAGCUACUUCUCAUCUCGUUCCAGGAGUUUGCUGUGAUUUCCAACGAGACCAUUCUCUCCAAACGUAGAAAGCACAGAAACAAAAUCGUCAACAGCAUUGAGUCCUUCUCUAAGCGCUCGGCAAUCAGAAACUUGAAGAUGCUCGAAAGAUUUACCAAAGAGCAGGCUGGGUUCAUAUAUGAUGCUUUGUACAAGGCCAUGUGUGAAGUUCCACCACCACCAGCUGUUGCUCCACCGCCAUCGCUCUUGGCCACAAAUGAUGGGCACCAAGAACGAGUGGAGACUAGGAUUGGUAUACCUGACUUUUGGGGAAAGCGCUCGACGAUUCCCCAGACCAGGACAAGGCGCGAGGAGACCUGGACGACAGUUGUCGGGAACGGGGAGCGCACAAACCCAAGGAGAACAUGCAAGACUUCAAGGGCGGCGAGUGACUGCACAGGUGCAAGGGCGGAGAAACGUGGAUUUGACCGGGUCUCUGCCAUGAACUUUGACCAUAGACCAUCUUCUGUUCGCCCAGCCUUGAUGAACUUAUCUGUAACAUUGGCGGGCGCAUCCGCCCAACGCUUCUUGUGA